UUCCUCCCCCCUACCCUCUCCCUCCUUUCACCAUUCCUGGCUGAGCCGUUAGAGUUCAGUUUUGCUGGGGCAUUCGGUUCACUUUCUCAAAAGUGUUCCACAGGCAUCAUGGCUGCUACUGCAAAAGCUUUGGAUAUUUCGGGGGCUGGUCAUGGUGUCCGGUGAAAAGGUGUGGGACCCCCUCCACACGGGCCUUAUUCAGUCACGUCUGAGUGAACAACACCUGGCUGCUGGGCUAACUCCCCUCUGCAAAAUCACACACAGUGCAAUUAAGGACACCACGUGCCAACAGAGUCGGCGGUUGUCACCUUUGUCUUCCCCGUCACCGCCAUUAGUGGCUGGAGACACCCUUCAACCGGCCCGGGACUCCUCACGCCUGCCUGUCAAUUUCCACGGCUCAAGCAAGAUCGAAGGAUUUUACAAACAAGUCCACUGUCUUGGAGGGGCCUCUCAUUCUGAAGAAGAGGAGGAAGAGGAAGGGGAACCGGUGGAGAUGAAGGGUAAAAGGCACGUAGGCCGGGGAGAGGCCAUGAUGGAGGACAGGCUGGAGGACAUGGCCGACGGACCUAAAAAUGCAAAAAUCACCCUAAGCUUCCCACUUAGUGCCGCCCCCCUCCCAGCCUCCCUCACAUCUCCGAACCACUGUCGUAGCUCUUCCUCGUCCUCCCCUUCCCCUCACCGAAGGCGGCCAUCUUCCAAGAGCUCGGACGAGGGGUCGCUGUGGAAACUGGAUGCUACCAUGGACGUAAAGCACAGGCCUUUUAAGCCCCCGAGGCGCGACAGCUCUCCGUCCUCCUCGCCUUCCUCCUCCUCAUCUCCCAUGACUGUUCAUGCACUUAGCAGGAAAGAUAUAAAAUCCCCGCCUCCUCUGAAGUGCUCCAAACUCAAUUCAGAGACUCAGUUCCACAGGUCUCCCCCGAGAUCUUCGGGCUGUUACGGCGGAGACGGGUGGGACGAGAGGCACAGGGUAACCAACAGCACCGCCUCCCCCUCUCAAACGGCCCAGAUCCUCUUCAGUCUGGGCACGUCUGCCUAUCAGAGAGGAGGGGAUACAGAGAGGAGAGAAAAAAGACCAGCUGGGAAAGUGGGAAGCCCUCACGGACCAAGUCUUCACCCGCCCCCCCUGCACCUCCCUCCACCCUUACCGCCUCCUCCUCCUCCCCCGUCGGAGGAUCUUACCGACCCCCCUCACUCCUCAUCCUAUCCCCCCACAGCCAGCCUGAAGCCCGAGCUGAUUUGCGGUGUGUGCCAUCGGCUUUUCAGCUCGGCCUCCUCCCUGACAGUCCACAUGCGGCUGCAUCGUGGGAGCCGCGCCCUCAGUUGCCGCUUCUGUGGCAAAGUCUUCAUCCACAGCAAGAGACUGCAAUCCCAUGAGUCCUCCUGCCGGGUGCCAGGCCUUCCCUCCAACAACCUGGGCCCCCCUCCUCUCACUGUGCAGCCAAAGGAGGAGCCGCUGGAGGAGGGCGAGGUGAGAGUGGAGGGGGGAGUGAUCGUGGGACAAUCAGAGAUCGGAAAGGUGCGGCAGGGGAAGAAAGCCCGGAGCCUCCUGGCACGUAUCCAAGGUGAUGAUGCAGCAGCCGCAGAGCUACUAGCAGGUGAUGAGCACCAUUUUGUGAAGGUGGUAGACGGCAAUGUCAUUUACUUCUGCUCCGUGUGUGAGCGCUCCUACAUGACUCUCUCCAGCCUGAAGAGGCACUCUAACGUACACUCGUGGCGACGCAAGUAUCCGUGCCACUUCUGCGACAAGGUCUUCGCCCUGGCAGAGUACCGCACAAAGCACGAGGUGUGGCACACAGGAGAGCGCCGCUACCAGUGCAUCUUCUGCUGGGACGCCUUUGCCACCUACUACAAUCUCAAAACACACCAGAAGACCAUCCACGGGAUUAACCCCAGCCUCAUCUCCAGCGAAAAGACAGCCAAUGGGGGUUACAAGCAGAAAGCGAACGCACUCAAGCUCUACCGCCUUCUCCCCAUGCGCUCCCAGAAGAGACCCUACAAGACUUACAGUGACAGUUUGCAUAAUGGCCUGCUUCUGCCACCAACUGAGACACCUUCCCUCUCCCUGCCCGGCUUAGGCUGUGCUCUGGGCCCUGAGGACCUCCAAAGCCUCAUCAGCGGGGCCCACCCUCAGAGUGUAAAGCCUGACCCAGAUGACUUCCCUAAUGGCUUUCCUGUUUCCGUGUCCGCUGAGGACGAGGACCUCUCUGAACUAACACCCCUCCCCCAAUCGGACAUGCCCCAAGUUAGAAAACAUGACAGUGAGGCCCUGGAGUUAGAGCAGGGGAGAGGCAGCUUCAAAAUGUCUAGUAGCAGCAAAACCAAAACUCCCAAAACUGAUAGAGGCUCAGAAACAAGCAUGCCUUCUGUGAUAACAUAUGGCCACACGAAACCCUCUGUGAUAGUUCACGGAACAGCAGUGUCAUCCUCCGUCAUCAUGCAUAGCAACCAGGUCACCUCUGGGAGUGAAAAAAGCCCAGUGAGCAGCCCGUCCCCUGAAACCAGCAGCAGUUCACACAAAAGCAUUCCCAGAUCAUUCAAAAGACAGCGAGAUAGCGUAGAUAGACACAGAAAGAGGUCAAGAGACAGUUCAGAUACAACAGAGGAGGACUCGAGAGGUAGACAGGGUGCGGAGACGGGCAGAUUAUCUCACAAAUCACGGAAAUCCCACAGCAAGAGCGACAUGUCGAACUCAAAGCUGCUGUCAGCGUCUGUAGGGUCACAGGUCAAAGAGGCUGGGCCAUUGUGCCAGAUUACUGUACGUAUUGGCGAAGAAGCAAUAGUGAAGCGCAGCAUCUCCGAAACAGACCUUAGGAGAGACAAGAGCCACUCUCCUCCCAAAACCAAACGGGGUGACACGUCAUCAGUGCGGGAUGCCAAGGACACACGCCACUCACACUCCCACCACCAUCACCAUAAACACCGCCCCCACCGCAGAGUGGAAGAAGAGGGUGAUAAGGAGGGAGGAGAUUGUGAGGAGGAGGCAGAGCGAAAGAGCUCCAAAUCGCCCGAUGAAGUGAGGGAGUACUACUUCCGAAGGGAGGUGCGUCAUCAGGAGAGUGACCACGAUGAAGAGGAUAAUUUAUGGCGGCCUUACUACUCCUACAAGCCUAAGAAAAAGGCCCAAGCACAUCUACAGAGGGUCAAGAGCUGGCAGAGGAAACUGAAGUUCAAGCGCUCCAUCCGGUUGAAGAGGAGGACGGAUAGAAUCAAGAACCAUGUGAGUAAAGAAACGGAGAAGUCACAAGACGACGAAGAACAAGAAGAAGAAGAAGAAAUGGAGGAGGCUGAAAAAGUGUCGAAAUCUAACAGAGACAUGGGAGAGGGGAAAAAGAAAGAUGAUCUCUUUGCCCCGUUAAAGGAGAAAAACAAAGAGGCAGAGGAACAAGUUACAGCGGCCCGUCAGGAGGUUUCCACUCCUCCUCUGCACUCUCCAAAGCCUCCCCCAUCUACCCCAGCGGCUCCUACGGGAAUAAAGAGGCGGCCUUGGACCAAUGGGAACGCAGCAGAGUGUGGAACAUGCGGCCGCUGGUUCUCAAGCCCCAGGAAGCGAGACAAACACGAGCUGAACCAUCUGCUGGAGUUUGUGUGCCUCUUCUGCCGGGCCACUUUCCCCUCAAGGGAUAAGUUGGAGGACCACCAGAGAGCCCAGCACCCCAAGCCUGCUGAAGCCCCCACCGUACCCCACAACGAGGAACGUGGCCAACAAGUUGAACCUGGGCCAGAGAUUGCAAAUGAAGAAAAAGGGGCGCAAAUAGGGAGGAAUUCAAGUCCGAGUCGCCUAAGCAGAAGAGCGCUAUCACGACACACCUGUCCGCAGUGUCACAAGGUUUGCAAGACAUCUUCAGCGCUAACUCGCCAUAUCCGACGACAUGAGUUAAGCAGUUCCCCAGAGAGAGAAAAGGAAGAUAAAGCUUCAUCGCCAAAGACGACUGAGACAGUUGUUAACACUGUCAGCAGAGACCUAGAGACAGAAAAAGGCCCCAGUGCUCUCUCUGUGUCAGUUAUCAGCUAUUUAACACCAGACCCGCCCAGCAGUACUGACUCUGUGGCUUCACGGCAGCGUGAAGACCCCCUCAGUGAACCCACACGUGAACAUCACAUGUCAGAAUCCGGUGACAAACCUGAGCUCACACAUCCGGUUCUAGAGAGAGAGCCCAGUCCAGACCCUCCAUUAGAAAGCCCAGUAACCCCUACUCCCGCUAAAUUCCCGCCUGCCCCACCCUCUACUCUCCAGAGUGUGCUGGUCAUGAAUGGACCUGAAUGUCUGGACUACCGCACCCCCGGCAAAAAGAGCCUAGACAGCCAGAUCCACAGAAUACCCAGCCCUGUGCACAUCGUGGCAUCCAGCAACACCUCUCAAAAUGUGCCCACAACGUCACAGACCAGAAUAACCACUGCUGCUCCUCCUGUUUCCAUGACAACAGCUCUCAGCUCCGAGGGGGGAUUUAUGAAACGGGAUGGGGUCAUUAUGGACAGAGAGAGGCAGGGCGGGAGCGGGAUAUUUCGUCACGUGGUUUACGAGGAGCCCCCUCGGGUCCAGGAUCUCAGAGUUCAGUCGCUGUCCAGGAGUCCCUCUCCCGACGAAGCACAAGACCUGACCAUGUCCUCCAUUCUAGCAAGAGAGAGGGAGAUAGAGAGGGAGAGACAGAGAGAAAGGGAGAGGGAAAAAGAGAUGGAGAGGUCCCGUCAAAUAAGUAGAGAGAUUUCAGAUUUCCAGAUUUCUCUGUUGGUCCCUAAAGAGGAGCCCUUGAGCCCUGUGCCGUCCCCCCAGCAUAUCCCCCCUCAAACCACUAUGAACGGAUCUUUGUCACACAGGCACACUCCCAAAUCCCCCUGCCGGUCCCCCUCAACGAUUGGCCUCAUAGCUCAGGCCAAUCGCCAGGUUCACUCCAGUUCACAAGGCCUCGACAGACUCCCCCUGCCCACUGGAGCAGCUGGUGCCUGUGAGCGCCCCUCCGCCCACGCUCUGCUUCUCCCCCGGGCCCCUCAACCACCUGAGCCGGAGCACCACGAUACCGUAUCUUCCAGAGAUAGGGACGCCCCCCCAGUGGGCUACCAUUCCCAUAAUUACCCCCUGCCCCUUAUUGUGCCGGACAGCUACCACUCCAGUAAAAACCAGGAGGAAAACCUGCUCAUGUCCUCCUAUCCUGCUGGAGCUCUUCCUUUCGGCCCACUGGGGAAAAUGAUGGUCCCGAGUGGCGGGGACUUGGCUAAGCUGCCGUUUUAUCCGGACCCUUACCAGCUACUCUACGGACACCAGCUGCUGGCCUACCCUUACAACCUGGCUGCUCUUCCUGUGACUCUGAACAUGAUGGCACCUGGGGGGGACAAAGUGGAGCCUCUGCCUUUCCUCCCGGCCAUCUUCAACUACGCAGCCACCGCCGGCCCCUACAUGGGAGCAGCCCCUCACCAGUUUAUGGCAAAUCCAGGGCUCUACAGCAGCAGCAGCAGCAGCAGCAGUGGCGGCGGCAGCAAGAAGCCGCGAGACAGCAGCAAACCGUAGGACACAGAAGCACUCUUGAGGAAUAUAUUUCAGUGGUGACGGCCUGGCCUGUUAAGGGUGGGAUGGGAGGGGAGGGGUGGGUGCUCACUGGGUCACUGAGUACACUCGCACAGCAUCCCUGCCUCUCUUUCAAUGAGUGGAGAUCAGAGCUAGGCAUUACAUCUGGAGUAGGAUGAAGGGAGGAGAAGGAGCAGGGAGAGGGGCUGGUGUUCUAGUGACGUAUCCCCUCUCUUUACUCCCGCUCACCUUUCUCAGCGUCUCUCCUGUCUUGCUGUAGUGUGUCGUAGUUCUAGAGCUUGAUUAAUCUUCCUCUCUGACUCAUUAUAUUAUCAAUAACAAUAAGAACUGCUAACAGGGUGUGUGUUGUGUGACACAUUAGUUGAUUCUGCUUCCCUUUAUAGCCACCAUGUUACAAGGAUAAACAGUCUUCAGGGAAGGCUUGUGGAUGAGAUCAGGAUAAGGGAUGAAACAGAAUAGUCCUUACUCAACACAGCUGGCCGUGGAGUGUUAAGCAUCCUUAUUUGUAUGAGUGAAUGAGAAUGAAGGUGUAUUCUGUCGUUAAAUUGUCCAUGACAAUAUGUACAUGCACAUGCGAGCAGGAAUGUGUGCAUGCGGAGGUGGGCCUUAGCAGGUAUGACUGUGUACACUUUGAAGUGUGUGUGUUUUGGAGUAUGUGUGUGAGUGCCUAGAUCAUUCCGUGUGAUACUUGCACAGCAUUCCUCCGAUUUGGAAUGGCUGCUGUGGGUCAAUGUGUAGAAGUGCAUUUAGAAGUGAUUCUUCAUAUCCAAAUCAUUAAGAAGUAAAUGCUAUGGCUGGAUGCGAGUCUAUGACAAUGACAGAUCAUUUGAGCUUCUAAUGUCUCGACUAACCUGGCGACUUGGGGGCCAAAUGGCACUGUAGGAUCUUUAUAGCAUUCACCAUAGUUUUUAUAUUAUGUGCACAAAAAUAGAAAAAGUAGAGGUCACUUUAUGGGGACACUUGUAGCUGCUUGGGAUAUGUAGCUGGCCACUGGGUUAGAAAGAAAGGCUGGUAGGCCAUUGCACUUCCGCUUCUCAUCUCAUUUCCUUCAUGUAAAAUAAGGAAAAGAAUACAAACCAGUCAGCCUUCAUCUUGCAUAGCUUUUUCCUCUUUGAUUGGAAGAGAAAAAGGCUCCAUUUCCUAAGCCAGAAAGAAGAAAGUGACAGCAAGGAAGGAAAAAGACAAAUGGAUUCAGGGUAUUUUCUGUAUAGGAAAAGAAUAUAUGGGCACAAAACUGUUGGACUCUUGAGUCAGAAAGACCCACAGAAAUGACUUUGGGGACAAAAAAACGUCCUGCUCCCCAACCGAGGGGACUUAGGGGUGUUGGGAAUAGCCUGGGCUAUUUCUCCUCCUUCCCUUAUUACUAAAAGGUAGGAAAAGGCUGAGCUUAGCAGCCAAAGCGGUGGCCGAAACCCCCCCAGGUGCCCUCCUGGGGCCUUUUUUGUUUUACGUGUAAUGUUAUCUUUAUAUGUUUGUUUUGUUAAACUAUGUUGUUGUUUAUGUUGUUUAGCCCUCUUACCAGAUGGAAAUGGCUUCAGUGAAAAGGGCGAGUAAACUUUAAAAUAUGAAUGUAAAUGUAGUCAUGAGGUUAAUGAAGUACAGCUGCAUUAAUGGUAGAGAUGGUUCCUUUUUUUCUCUCUUUUGACACGAAUAACCUGUUAAAGAAACCGUAUAACGUCUGGUAUGCAUAUAUACAGUAGUCCUAGGAACAUGUCAGUAAACUUGGGUUCUGUAUCCACAAAGCAUGAGCAUCACUUGCUUCCUAACCGUUUAUAUCCUCAGCAGAUCUGGCAUUGUGCGCACAGCUUUUGUUUCCGUUUCCUUCCUCUGGAGAUAUUUCUGGCCUCUUCAUCCUCAUACCUUUUUCUCAUUUUUUUUUGUAUUCAUUGUAGACAAUUCCAUAAAAACAUGGGGCCACAUUUACUUCUCACAGUCACUACUUAGGAGAAUUCUCCUUCUUCCCUCAAACACACACUCGCACACCUCUGAAUGAAGUGCAUAUGUUUCAGUGUGUGUGCAUGUGUGAUGGUACUCUGGCACCUUUUGGAUCAGACAGGAGUGUUCAAACACAUUGUGACCAACUGCAGGGGUGCACAAGCAUCCCCCUUGGGUGUGGUUACAAGCCUUUUGCGGGUAGCCGUACGUACGUGUUUUGUGUACGAGAGUGAGUGCCUGUGCGAAUAUGAAAACCAAAUUAAAUCUGCCGGAGCAGCAGACCCCUUGGCAGUAUAUGGGCCACUUGUUCUUUUUUUAUUUUCCUGUGGGUUAGUUUCAGUGUAAAAAAGCCUUGCUGUCUCCAAUACACUAUCUCAAGCCAUUCCUUAUAGAUGGACAUGUUUGUGUUUUGGACCAUUUCUUAUGCCAUAGUUUGCCAUCAUGGUUAUCAUACAAACCAAAAGCAUGCAAAUCGACGUAUUGUAGUGACCGAACUGGAAUCUGGUGGCAAUAUAAGACUAUUCACUGUAUGUUUUCGUUUUUAAUGAAUGUGCCUCUGCUUUGAUAUUUAAAUAAUUAUCUAUAGUAUGAUGUGAAUCUGCCAGAUUUCAACUGUUAAGGUGCCUUGUUAUGGCAUAAGAAAUAUGAAUAGUAAAUGAAGCGCUUUCUUGAGAAAUGACGAAGAGUUGGAGAUAGAUUUCAUGGCUUUAUUUGCUAUGAAGCUGUUCAUAGACGUAGGGGUGUGGCUAAACUGUUUUGGUAUCGUGUACAUGUCUAGGGUAAUACUGUGCCAUAUAGAGCCUACAAAAUAUGUUAAUGUUAUUUUUAAAAGAUGUUUUAAUGUUGCCUGAUGACUUUGUCUUUAGAUUUGAUACAAAGGCUUGUAGCCACAGCUCUCCCAAAGUCUGUAGUCUCCUUUUUCCGACAUUCUUCCUGUUCUCUCUCUUUCCCCCUUGUUUCCGUCUCUCCCUUCCUUUAUCUUUGCUGCAAUCAAACAAAAUAAAGUAUUAACCUGAUGACCCAAUGAAA